AUGCCGUACCAAGCUGGCGUUCCUAGAAGAACGAUAUACGCGCUUUCUACUCCGCCAGGCAAAGCAGGUGUAGCAGUGGUGAGAAUCUCCGGACCCGCUGCUCUGGACGUCUGGCAGGGCAUGGUGCGCUUGACCAGCAAGAAAGCCAGGGAGAGAGGAGUACGUCCAUGGAGGCUGGAGCGCUGCAUAAUUGUCCAUCCAGAGACAGCCGAAACUCUCGACGAUGGGCUCGCAGUAUUCUUCAAAGCCCCGAAAUCCUUUACCACAGAAGACGUUGUCGAACUACACGUCCACUCCGGGCGCGCCGUCAUUGCGUCCAUCCUCUCCGCGCUCGCCCGCUUCCCCUCCUGCCGCCCCGCCGAGCCAGGCGAGUUCACCCGGCGCGCGUUCGAGGGCGGGCGGCUCGACCUCACGCAGGUCGAGGGCCUCAAGGACCUCAUCGACGCGGAGACGGACACGCAGAGGCGGCUCGCGCUCAGCGCUGCUGGAGGUCUCGCCCGGGCUCGGUUUGAGGACCUCAGAGAGGAAAUUAUACGCGCGUUGGCUAUGGUCGAAGCCAUCAUCGACUUUAGCGAGGGCGAGGAUAUCGAAGAGGGUGUCUACGAAGCUGCGCGAGCCAAGGUACAGCAACUACGCUCGAAGAUAGAAAACUACCUCUCCGACAGCCGCAGGGGCGAGAUCCUCCGCUCCGGUAUCCGCCUCGCCAUCUUCGGCCCCCCGAACGCAGGCAAAAGCAGCCUCCUCAAUUUCCUAGCGCAGAGGGAAGCUGCUAUCGUCACCCCCGUCCCCGGCACCACGCGCGAUAUCCUCGAGCUCUCGCUGGACAUCGGCGGGCUGCCCGUGAUCGUCGCGGACACAGCAGGCCUGCGCCAUACCGAGGACGUAGUGGAGCAGAUUGGAGUGGACCGCGCGAGGAACAUGGUGCAAGGCGCGGACGUCUCGCUCUGCGUGCUCUCCCUUCCAGAGGUCCUCACCGAUGAAUCGCGAGUGGAGAUUCCGCCGACACUGGAGCCGCUUGUCGGCCCCGACACGUUCGUCCUGCUGAACAAACAGGACCUGACACAUUCCGUCCCGCUUUCCAUCAUCGGUGAUAGACAGUCGUGGGCAUUUAGUCUUUCUACGGGCGAGGGCACGAAGGAGUUUCUGGACGGCUUUGCUGAGGCUCUGCGCAAACGGUACGAUUUAAUACAGGACUCCCAAGCUGGGCAGCCCCUCCUCACCCACGCGCGGCACCGCGUGCACCUCGAGUCCGCGCUGCGGUUCCUCGACGCCUUCCUCGAGACGCCGGCAGAACAUGUCGUGCUGGCAGCGGAAGAGCUGCGGUACGCCGCGCAGGCGGUGGGGAAGAUUUCGGGUGCGAUUGGCGUGGAGGAUGUGCUGGAUAGCUUGUUCAGGGAGUUUUGUAUUGGGAAGUAAUAGUGACGAUACAGGGUUUCUAUUGAGUCGCUGAGGGCCGCUUGGUACUGGGCUUUAAUUCCUAUCAUGCUCGGUAGAGGAAUUGAGCCCCGGUGUACUAGGUAAUGUCUGAGUGCGGUCGGCUCAUCUC